AAGUAACAUAAAAUAAAAGUUGAAUUGCGCAGUUCACCGAACUGAUUAAUAUAAAUGAUUUUUUAAUUUAAACAAGAUAAAAAAUAAUUAUUACACAAAUGAUUUAUUCAAAUUCAAGUUGUUUUUUUAUAAAGUUUCAACGCCAUUGUUAAUUUUGUUAUCGUGAAUCUGAUGUAAAUAAACCCUAGAUGUUUAUUUCAUUCGUUGUCCGAGCUGUUUCAAUCAUUUCUUUUGCCAAACAAAGUUUUAGUUUUGCAAAUAUGUCGAAUAGUAAUUUAUAUUUGACAAAAGCGCGCCAGUGCGUUCCUUUGCUAACCAAUGAUAUGCAUAAAGGUCAAGCGGGUCGAAUUGGUGUUGUUGGUGGUUCAUUUGAGUAUACGGGGGCACCAUAUUUUGCGGGAAUUAGUGCGUUGAAAUUGGGUGCUGAUAUUGUGCAUAUUUUUUGUAGCCAUGAUGCAGCCAUUCCAAUAAAAUCCUACAGUCCUGAGUUGAUGGUGCAUCCAGUUUUAGAUGAUCCAAACCAUUCAAUCGAUUUGAUUAAACCAUGGCUUGAUCGAUUGCAUGUACUUGUGAUUGGUCCAGGUUUGGGACGUGAUCCAAAAGUUUUUGCAACUAUUCGACAAUUGUUCUCCGUGUGUCGUGAACUAAAAAAACCACUUGUCAUCGAUGCUGAUGGAUUGUUUUUACUUUCACAAGAUCUUUCAUUGAUUGUUAAUUAUCCGGGCGCAAUUCUUACACCAAAUGUUGUCGAAUUCACGCGCAUAUUUGGCGAUGAUGGUUCUGAUUCUCAGAUAAAAAAAAUCGACGCACUUGGGCCAUCAGUUUCAAUUUUAAAGAAAGGUUUCGUCGAUAACAUCUACAGUGGUGUUAAUAAAACCAGCAAUGUAGUCAAUGUUGAAGGUGGCAAAGCACGACGGUGUGGUGGUCAAGGUGAUAUUCUUUCUGGAUGCACAGCUGUUUUUUACGCAUGGGCACUUCGCACGAUGCCCGGUGAUAGCAGUGAAGCGGCUAAAGUUGCUUCAGUUGGAGCCAGCCACUUUGUUAAAGCAUUAAAUACAAUUACAUUUGAAGAAAAAGGACGAAGUAUGACUGCCAGCGAUAUGAUCGAUCGCAUUCAUACCGUUUUUGAUGAACAAUUCGAACACAAAUGACGAACAGGAUGAUGCUUUUUUUGUGGUGGAAUCUACAUUUACUAAUUUUUUUUUUUUCAAAUAAAUCGAAUUAUUAGUUUUACUUAUAAAAAGCAAAAAUGGUCAAAUGGUUGGAAAUUGAAUAAAGAAAAUUCUUUUUGUAAGAUUUAAGUUGCAUUAUUCA